AUGUCUGGCAGCUGCUGUUCCGGGACUUGCACCACAGUGCCAGCCAUCUCUAUCUGCCCAACAGAUGUGAGCUGUGGUAGUUCCACCAUCUGCCUGACUACUUCCUGCCCAAGUCCAACAUGGCAACUUAUUAGCUGUGAAGACCCAUGCAGCACAUCUCCAAGCUGUGCCCCGAGUUGCUGUGAAUCCUCUUGCUGUGAGCCCACUUGCUGCCAGCCAGUAUGCUGUGAGCCCACUCCUUGUGAAUCCUCUUGCUGUGAGCCCAGUUGCUGCGAGCCCAUCUGCUCUGUGCCUACUUGUUGCCAACCAGUCUGCUCUGUAUCAGCUUGCUGUCAGCCUGUUUGCUGUGAAACCAGUUCUUGUGUGCCAUCUUGCACGGUGCCCACUUGCUGCCAACCUGUCUGCUCUGUGCCUGCUUGUUGUCCACCCGUUUGCUCUGAGUCCAGUUGCUGCCAGCCAGCUUCCUGUGUGACACUGGUCUGUGAACCUGUCUGCUACCGUACCAUCUGCUGCCUACCCAGUCCCUGUGAACCAGCCUGCCCAGUCCAAGAGCCUUCCUGUUGCAUUCCCAGUGUCUGCCCAACAGCCUGCUAUCAAUCCACCUCUUGCCAACAGAGCGUCUGCCUGCCCAGUCCAUGCCAGCCAUCUUGUUACGUAGUAAAACGCUGCCAGUCAGUUGGCUGUGAACCCAUUUCCUGCAAACCAGCUUGUGUGUCUUCCUGCUGCCAACCACUCUGCUGCCGACCAGGAUCUUCGGCUUCUGUCGUCUGCCGGCCAGCUUGCUCUCGACCCACUUUCUACGUGCCCAGUUCCUGUAGGCCACCUUGCAUCGCAUCCAUUUCCUACCGACCAGCUUGUUACCGUCCCAUCUGUUCCUCUCCUCUCGGUUGCAAACAACCGUACUUGACUUCUUUUUCUUAUCGUCCAACUUGCUACCGCUCACCCUACUCGCUACCCUUUCUGCGCAGGCCAACCUGUGUCACCUCCAUUGCUUCUCGGCCGGCAUGCUGUCAGCCAGUCUGCUCUGAGCCUAGUUCCCCAUGUAAGCCCACUUGUGAAAAGUCUACUUCUAGCCAGCCAGAUGGUUCUGAGUCCACUCCCUGCAAGCAAUCUGUCUCAGCGGCUAGUCCUUGUGAGCCGACAAGCUCCGGGACUGCUCCCUGCACACCCAGCAGCCCAACCACCAGCGAAACAACUGCUGUCAAAGUAGAGGAUGGAAAAUCAUCUGGCUGCUGUUCCAGAAACUGUAGAUCCAGGCAUUAG